CUCAUUACAUUUAUGUCUUUAAACCUAUUACAAUUCUCUCCACAUUUUUCUCUCUUCUGUGUGUUUUCUGGAGGCUGGAGCGUGUGGAUCAUGAAUGGGUUUGAUUGAGGAACAGUGAGGAGUCGUCGGCUGCUUUGAGUCGCAGCAUGACCUCCCCACCCCUCUCACUCCUCUGUGGGUAAAAUGCACCACUGGAACUCCACCUCUCCAGAUGGGAACAGCAGCCACUCUGGUCUGGGGGAGGUGGAGCGAGUCUUGGUCCCUAUUUUGGACGCCUUCAUAUUGACUUUGGGUAUUUGCGGACACAGCAUGGUGAUAGUGAUCCUGUGUGGAAGGCGAAGGCGUGGACCACCUGGAUCCUCUCCCCAGAAUUCAGUCACCGGGACUGGGACGGACAUCUUGCUGCUGGCCCUUAGCGCUGCAGAUCUCUUGCUCCUCUCCGUGCUUCCAUUUCACACUGCAGCGACCGCUCUUCAACACUGGCCCUUCGGAGAUGUUAUGUGCAGACUGGUUGGGUUUCUUGGAUCAGCUUGCACCUCUGCUUCUGUAUUUACGCUAGCCGCUUUAGCCGUUUCACGCUAUCUAACUGUCGUCAAGCCAGCGAAAGCGUAUUUCCUACUUUCUCCAAAGCGCGUAACUUUGGUAGCAUGUCUUCUGUGGAUUCCUGCUUGUGGAUUAGCCAUACCGCAGCUGAUAUUCAGAUAUGUAGGCACUCCCAAAAGCACUCCAGAUGGGCUUGUUUGCUUUUCCUUCUUAUCCCAUAAAGGACAAAUGAUCUACGGGCUAGUUCAUUUUGUCGUAGCAUUUUUACUACCACUGUUUACGAUUGCAGUAGCGUAUAGCGGUAUCUAUAUGUUCCUAUGGGUUACGAGACAUCAAACGAGAGCUCCACAAGUUGAACGCUAUCAGAGUAAAGUAACCCAAACGUCAGCCAUGUUGGUGCUGGCAUUCACGGUUUGCUGGUUGCCUUCCUACGGACUAACGCUAGCACUCGUAGCAGAUGAGGCGUCAGGAGCUACUGGGACGUCACCGCGAUAUGGACCGUUUAGCGUGUUCGCGAGACUCAUGGCCACCUCCUCAACUGUAGUUAACCCCAUUUUAUAUGUGCUUAUGUCUCAAAAGUUCAGAGAGGACUUGGUGAAACUGUUCAAGAAGAAAGGACCGGAGGACAAUGGAGUGGUUUCUAUGCCUACGACAUGACAACAUUUAUGCUAGCUCUAGUGGUUAAGUAUAAUGUCACCUCCGGGUUCAUCAGCUGAC